AUGUCACCAUUAAAUUUUGGUUAUGGUUCGUUUGCAACAUUUCUUUUAUUUGCUAUCUGUAUAUCAACGAUUGUUUGGAUUUUAACUCUUAUAAUUUAUGUAUUAAUUACUAUUAUUAGUUUUAUAUGGAAAAAAUCUUCUUUUAUUCGUCAACAAUUAUCUUCUGGUAUAGUUUCAUUUUUUAUUGGAAGUUUUCUAACAUAUCCAUUAUUAAUGUUAAUAAUCGUAAUGAUAUCAAAUUUUUCAUUUGUUAGUUUUGGACUAGGAAUUGCACUUUCAUUAAGUCAUACAAUAUUCAUUGGUGGUAUUACAACAACAAUUCUUUAUCGUUCAAAAUUAUUAAAAGUUAUUUCUUGUUUAUUAUCUGCUAUUGGAUGUAUAGGAGUCAUUUUAAUCCUAUGGUUUUAUUUAAUAGAUGGUUAUAAUAUGAAAAUAGAAGUUAUGAUAUCAUCAGAAAGAUUUCCAAAUAAUAUAACAAAUGAUCCAUCAUUAAAUGGAAAUUAUUCUUAUUCAUUUCUUACAUAUGGAAGUGGUUUUGAUGAACGAAUUGAUUAUGGAAUAAAAGCAUUAAUAAAAACACCAACAAUUGAUUUGUCUUCAAUAAUUAAAAUAUCAUCAUUUAAUAAAAAAGCAUUUAAAUAUAAUGAAUCUGCUCUUCCUCUUAACGGUAGAAUAUGGUAUCCAACAAAUAAUACUGGUCCAUAUUCUGUAGUUCUAAUGGUACAUGGCAAUCAUAUGUCUACAGAUUCAAGUGAAAUUGGCUAUGAAUAUUUAGGUACAAUGCUUGCUAGUCAAGGCUUUAUUGCUGUAUCGAUUGAUGAAAAUUUUUUAAAUCUUGCUCCAUCUCUUUCUUCAACAGAAUAUGGUAGAAUGUCGAAAAUAAAACAAUAUGAUGUUGGUGGUAGUAGCAAACCGGAAUUCAUUGCUAGAGCAAUUAUUAUAUUAGAAACAUUGAAACAAUUACGAUUAUGGAAUAAACAAAAAACAAAUCAAUUUUAUAAUAAAUUAGAUUUAUCCAAUAUUGGUUUAAUGGGUCAUUCACGUGGUGGUGAAGCAAUAGUGAUUGCAUAUGUAUUAAAUAAAUUAAAAGUGUUACCUGAUUAUCCAACAAAUAUUUCAUUCAAUGAUUAUAAUUUUGGAAUAAAAGCAUUAUUUUCCGUUAGUGGUACAGAUUAUGGUUAUAUACCAUUAGGACAUAGUCUUGCAUUUCAUGAUGUAACUAUGUUUGGUAUUCAUGGUAUAUAUGAUGGAGAUGUACAAUCAUUUUUAUUUCAAGGUAAAUUAACAAAUUUAAGAUUUACAUCCAAUAGUAGUAAUUAUAAUUUUAAAGCAUCAUUAUAUGUAUAUCAAGCGAAUCAUGGACAAUUUAAUACAAAUUGGGGACGAUAUGAUGUAAUUCCUGGUUUAAAUCAGUUUAUAAAUGUUCGUCCAAUUAUGAAAACUGAACAACAGCAACAUAUAUGUAAAAUAUAUAUGGCUGCUUUAAUGAAUGUUGUUCUUAAGAAUCAAACACAAUAUCGCAUAUUAUUUGAAGAUUAUCGUUCUGGAUUGUCUUAUUUACCAUAUACGAAUUAUAUAUCUACAUUUCAAGAUUCCAAUGAAACAGUCAUUGCUGAUUUUGAAAAUUAUGAUAUUACAGUAGGAACAAUGAUUGGUUCGUCAAUGAAUGCUACUAAUUUAAUAUUAUGGGGUUCUGUUUAUGUACAAGUUUAUCAUUCAGCAAUGUUAAUCUUACAACCAAUUGAAAACUUAGUUGGUAAAUAUACAAUUAAUUUGCAAAAUGCAAUCAAUGGAUCUGAUGUAAGGUUUAUGAUUGGUCGUACACCUGAAGGACUAAUAAAUAAUUUAACAGUACUCCUUUGGUAUGAAAAUGGAACAUAUGAUUCAUUUGUAGUACAUGUACUUCCAGCUCUUAGCAAACAAAUAUUUAAGAUAAGUUCAUUAGAAUAUGUAACUGCUGUACAAACAAUUUCACUUCCAUUAUUACAUCCUAUUAUUGGUUUAGAAUUUGUAGUCAAUGGAACGAAUGCCCAAUUUUUAAUAGAUAAUAUAGUUAUUGUAAACUGA